AUGUACUUUGCGGAAACCGAAUAUCGGUCGUUCCCCAAUGAGACCACCCUGGAGAACUGGGACGAGAUCCUGACGGCUUCAGCCGACUUCAUGGCCUCAUAUGCAUUCUUUAACGAGUCGACCGGUGUCUACGAUCUCGGCCCUCCCAUGUAUCCAGUCUCAGAAAAUACGAAUCCGAACGUCACCAUCAACCCGACAUUCGAACUAGCUUAUUGGCGGUUCGGUUUGGAUAUCGCCAAGAAAUGGAAGGAAAGGCAGGGGCUACCUGUGCCGGAGGAAUGGAUAACUAUUAGGGAUAACCUUGCCCCAUUGCCUGUUGUCGACAACACUUAUCCUGUCUACGAGGGAAUACCCAACAUGUGGACAGAUAAUAGCACAACCGACGAUCAUCCCGCCAUGUCGGGCAUAUAUGGAUGGCUCCCUCCCCCAAUGAGCGGGCCGCCUCUGAACAUGACGAUUGUUCAAAACACCGCAGACCAUAUCUUGAAGUACUGGGCCCUAGAAGACUCGUAUGGUUGGGACUUCUCCAUGCUGGCAAUGAACUCGCUUCGGCUAGGAGAUACAGAUCAAGCCCUAGCCUAUUUGCUACACCCAAUCUUCCAAUUCGAUGAUGCUGGUUAUCCCGUGGGUGGAACUCGGGUUCCGACACCCUACUUUCCCAAUGGAGCAUCUUUCUUGUUAGCAGUCGCUAUGAUGGGAGGCGGUUGGCAGGAGUCACCAGGAGCCCAUUUUCCGAAAGGCUGGGAUGUCAAAGUCGAAGGCUUUGUGCCAGCAAUAUAG